AUGGGCCCCGGGCGUGACGAGAGCAGAGGAUUUCCAGCAGCUCCCGCGCCGGGAGCCUGCGCGGGCUUUGAUUCACCGCUGGGAAACGUUCGCUUUUUCCGUCCCGCCCGUGCCGAGCUGUGUGAUGGAUACUCACAGUUAUCAGCUUAUGAAAGGAAGAGGCUAAAGAACAUCACAGAAAAUGCUAAAUUCUUUGCUGCUUUAAAGCUGCAUGAGUCAGCUGCAAGACUUCAUCAAAUUGCAACUAAAAGGCAGUCCCAUGUCACCAAAAGUUCCAGAGCUAAGCCUAAGAAGGCAGAAGAUGAAACGGUGCGUCGGAGAUCGAUGCGCCUGCAGAGGGUGGAGCCCUCGGGAAUUCCAGUGCCAGAGCUGCCUGCCCAGCCAGAAGCAGAGGAAUAUCCUCAGGUUCCAGCCGGACCUUUGCCGAUGGUUCCAGAAGAUCAGGUGGAGAACAGUAAAAUGGCAGAGGACUUACUGGCAACAUGGAUGAAGAUCAGUGAGAUGAAAGUGGGUGAUGCUGAGAAGCGCACGAGUGACAUGAAAAGAUACCAAGACAGCCUGAGCAGCAUGGUCAUCAGCGAGGAGAACGUGAAGAAGGUGGUGAAGUACCGGGUGUGCUCCAUGGCCAUCCACCCUUCGGAGAGCAGCAUCCUCGUGGCUGCUGGGGACAAGCUGGGGCAGGUCGGGCUCUGGAACGUGAGCUGUGUGUCUGCAGAAGGAGCCCACACCUUUGUCCCACACAACCACUCUGUCAGCUGCAUGCAUUUUUCUCCAUCCAAUCCUGCUCACUUGCUGUCCCUCAGCCACGACGUGCUGCGCUGUGGAGAUGUCACCAGGGCUGUCUUUGACGAGAUAUACAGAAGUGAAGAAGAGUUCUCUUCCUUUGACUUCCUGGAAGACAGUGCCUCCACUGCAGUUGUAGGACACUGGAAUGGCAACGUCUCCCUGGUGGACAGACGGACCCCAGGGACGUCUUCAGAGCUUUCUGCAGACAUUGGCUUCAAAAGAACCAGGACAGUCCAUGUUCACCCAGUGAACAGGCAGUAUGUCCUUGCUGCUGGCUCAGUGGAUGUUUGUGUCUUUGACGUUCGAUACCUGAAGCCCCAGGGGAACCAGCCUGUGAGCUCUCUGAACGGACACACCAAAAGUGUUGCUUCUGCCUAUUUCUCCCCAGUGACUGGGAGCAGGGUAGUGACAGUGUGUGCUGAUGAUAAGCUGAGGGUCUAUGACACCACCUCUUUGGCACCGACAGUCCCAGUUCUCAGCACUGUCAGACACAACAACAACACGGGACGCUGGUUAACCAGGUUCAGGGCAAUAUGGGACCCUAAGCAGGAGGACUGCUUCGUGGUGGGCAGCAUGGCACGUCCGAGGCAAAUAGAAGUCUUCCAAGACACUGGGAAGUUGUUGCACUCUUUCUAUAACAUUGACUGUCUUAGUUCUGUGUGCUCCAUUAAUGUUCUUCACCCCAGUAGGAACAUUCUAGUGGGUGGCAACUCCAGUGGCCGCCUUCAUGUGUUCAAAGAAUAA